CGUGUCGUUCAAUAACAAACCGGUGAUAUGUGAACGUUAGCAUGAGAGCAAGUUAACUAAUAUCGACUUUCACACAAGGAAAAUGUCAAAGGAAGCGUUUGAUGAGUUGUCCGUUUUAUCCGCCAUAUAUUGCGAGCAAGACGAAUUGGAGGUGUUGGAAGAGUCACCUGAGAAAGGAAUUGUGUUCUGCAUACACACACUGAUAGACCACAACAACAAGAAGACACCACUAGAUGUACUUUUCCACAUCUCUCCUAAAUACCCCACCACUCCUCCAGAUAUCAGCAUCAGUUCAAGCCUCUUAUCAAGAAAACAGUGUCAUGACCUGAGACGCAGUUUACUGGACACAGCACAGUCACUUCCAGCAGAGCCCAUGGUCCACGGCUUAAUGCUGUGGCUUCAGGAAAACUUCUCAGACUUGAUCAAAACAUCAAGCUGCCAUUCAGCCGAGGUCAGACCAGAGGCAGCGGAAGAAACCUGGACUGCUUUACUACAUUUAGAUCACAUGAGAUCCAAAGCAAAAUACAUCAAACUGAUCGAAAAAUGGACUUCAGAGCUGUGCCUCACCGGGAGACUCUUCACAGGGAAGCCGAUAUUGAUUCUGCUGCAAGGAACAAAGGAAAAUAUUAAACAAUACAUCCACCUUCAGAAGAGUGUGAAAGUGGAUGUUGAUUCUUCUGGGAAGCGCUGUAAGGAAAAGAUGAUGAGUGUCCUGUGUGAGAUUCCACAACCAGUGGACAAGUUGAUGAUGACUACAUUUGAAGUAAAAGACAUUUUAUCGCUUGAUGACCUCAGAAGGGAGUUUGAUCUUGUUGGACUAAAUGAGCUUUAUCAUCGGUUUGUGUCUUCACUCACCUGAUUGGACCGCUGCUGUGCAAAUCCCUCUCUCCUCCUCUGAAUUACUGUUUACAACUUUUUCGUCGAGUGCUAACAGAAAACAUAAAAUGCAAUUUAAUUAACGGGGCGGUCCAAAAGGCUCUGGGUGGUCAGCUAACAUAAUGUGCUGUGAUUUGCUGAUCGGCUCCACAUCACCAGGAAAAGCGUCAUGAGCCUACAGGCGAACAGCGUGUCACAAUAAGUUUGAUAUCCACUGACAUGUAUUGUCAAAUGACUGAAUAUUAUGUAUUGUAGCAAUACAUUCCGGAAGUAUAACUAGGAAUAAAUAAAAUAAAUGCUUAUAAUUUAAAAUCGAGUAGUUCAGCAUAUUAACGAACUUGUGACGCAAUAAAUCAUGUUAACCGCUGCGUAAUGAUUAAAUAUUGUUUUGCGCGUGUUGAUUAGAGUCAUAAAGCUUCACGACACAGGUCACUACACAUGCCACUACCGAGUGACACAUGACAGUGAAAACCCCACAUGCCAUUGGAAGUGUCACUGUUAUGUCCAUAAUGAUGACACGUAAUGCACUAGAACAUUUAUUGUUAUCCUUCACUUUCCUGUUCCACAACUCUCACACUCUGAUGUUAGACAGGAUCACGAGUUUUUGUCAAUGUCAUCACUUAUUUUCCGAACCCUUAAAGUGACCUGUGCUCUUAAAUUAUUACUUGUAUAAUGAACACAUUACUCUAAUUAAACUCAAGAUAAUGAUCAACUAAAUAUGCAACAGUCACUACACUCAGUGGCAUCUGUACGUCACAUGCUGUAUCACUUCAUGUUAAAACCGCUGCUAUGCUUUUGCGCUGCGUAAACACACUGUCAGAGUAGCUGUUAGCUGUAUCAGUGUGAUCCUGCAUCAGACAAAAAAAUGAAGAGCACACAGCUGAACCUCAUGCCUGCUCUCUAAAAUACAAGUGUCUUUCACAUAUAUUCAGGUUAUAAGCAUGUGUAAGUAAUAUGAAACUUUCACAUAACUUUUGUAAGUUUAUUAUUUGAGAGUGCAGGGAAAGCGUCCGCAGAGAGAGAGAGAGAGAGAGACACCGCAGCGCUGCUGAAGAUUGAGGGUGUUUACAGCGGCUUGACACCAUACAUGUCCUGCAUGAUGCUAUUAUUUUUAAGCAUCUAAAUAAAGACAUCUAAAAUUA